AUGCCAGAACAAGAGGAUAAGAAGAUCGUGGGAAUUAGUGAUGCAGAUGGAAAGAGAGAGAAGGAGAAAAACAAAUCACAGAAUGAUAAUGUUACCAUCACAAAUCCUGCCGCAAAACUUACACCCAGCAUGACAGAAUCAUUAUUAGAGCUCAACCCGGCCCUGCGAAGUGAGCUCGCUGGUAUGGAUAGGGAAAAGGCAACAGAAGUACUGCGCCAGAUGAACAUUUCGGAUUUCCUUACUGGUCUAUCUGUGAAUCCAAGGAAUCAAAAGGACAUGGCAUCAUUUAAAUUCUGGCAAACACAACCAGUUAUCAGGUUCGAGGACAGGGAGAGCAAAGAACCCGACGGCCCAAUCAAAGUAAUUGAUCCUGAUAAGGUUUCGAAGGAGCCCGAUGCUCUUCUUGAGGGGUUCGAAUGGGUGACGCUGGAUAUAGAUGAUGAGGAGGAACUGAAGGAACUAUAUCAAUUAUUGGCCAACCACUAUGUGGAGGAUGGUAGUGCUAUGUUCAGAUUUAACUAUUCGCGUGACUUCCUGAAUUGGGCCCUAAAAGCACCCGGGUGGAAGAAAGAAUGGCAUGUCGGUGUCAGAGCUACCAAGUCUCGAAAGCUCGUUGCGUCUAUAUGCGGUAUCCCUGCCGACAUUGUAGUGCGCGGCAAUCAUCUGAAAGUCACUGAAAUCAACUUUCUCUGCAUACAUAAGAAACUUCGGGCAAAAAGACUUACACCGGUCCUCAUCAAAGAAAUCACCCGGCGUUGUUAUCUGAAAGGUAUCUACCAGGCUAUAUAUACAGUAGGCAUCAUGUUGCCAACACCAGUCAGCGCAUGCCGAUAUUAUCACCGGUCCCUAAACUGGCUGAAGCUGUACGAAGUUGGCUUCUCGCCCCUGCCGGUUGGCUCGACCAAAGCAAGACAGGUCACGAGGAACCACCUACCAAGCAGCACUUCCACAACAGGUCUACGACCAAUGGAACGCAAGGACAUUGACGCCGUCCACGAUUUGUUGAAUCGAUAUCUCCGACGAUUUGCGCUUUCACAGAUUCUCAGCCGAGAAGAAGUAGAUCAUUUACUGCUCCAUAAAGAGAAACCCGACACGGAACAGGUUGUAUGGAGCUAUGUCGUUGAGGAUCCAGAAACAAAUAAAAUCACAGACUUCGUCUCAUUCUACUCGUUGGAAUCCACCGUCCUCCAAAACCCGAAACAUGGCAAUAUCAGAGCGGCUUAUCUCUACUACUAUGCGACGGAGUCUGCAUUUGCGGAGAAAGAAAAGGGACUUAAGGAAAGGUUGCAGCUGAUCGUGAAUGACGUGUUGAUUCUUGCUAAGAAGGAAAAUUUUGACGUCUUCAACGCCUUGACUCUGCACGACAAUCCACUUUUCCUUGAAACACUCAAGUUUGGCGCUGGAGAUGGCCAGCUCCACUACUAUUUAUUUAACUACAGGACUGCACCCAUUCCUGGAGGAGUGAACGAGAAGAACCUCCCCGACCCGCGGAACCGUGGUGGUGUUGGUGUCAUCCUUGUCUGA